AUGAAAGAAGAGCUUCAUCGCUUGCAAGUUUUGAAAUCCUACCUUAUUCUGGAUGCUGAACGGGAAGAAAGCUUUGAGCGCAUAACUGCACUUGCUUGUCGCAUCUUCAACGUCCCCAUCGCUCUCGUCAGUCUCGUAGAUCUUGGUCGUCAAUGGUUCAUGUCGAAUCGAGGUUUGGGUAGUGUGCGGGAAACUCCGAGAAAAUACGCUUUUUGUGCACAUGCAAUUCUAAACAAGCACAACCUACUCGUUGUACCGGAUGCUUCGAAGGACUUUCGUUUUGAGACAAAUCCUCUCGUCACUGGUCCUCCGAACAUUCGAUUUUACGCUGGCUCUCCUUUGGUAUCCCCUGAAGGAUACAAGUUGGGAACACUUUGCAUAAUUGAUAGCAAGGUUCGUCCAGAAGGUCUUUUGGAUGCGGAGAAAGCUACGCUCCGAGACUUGGCCGAUAUGGUGGUG